GCGUUGUCGAGUAGACACAACGUUUUGCAAACGAUCUAUGAAAUAUAACGCUCACUCCUAUCUAUUAUGUACUGACAUACUGACAAGACCAGAGAGUUUAAGUUAUAGUUACCCGGACAAGCAAAAUUCCAAAAGUAAACUUCCGCGCCGUUGAAUUUUGUGUGAAAGUUCGUGUUUUUAACCCUGUUUGUUUGUUUUUCCAUUUGGAAUUGAUACAAGAGUAAAUCCAAGACAAACGAAGUUAAUAAACAAUCCGUUAUUUAUAACCCAUACCAAUACACGCUAUUACUUAAGCUUUUGCGAUGACUUUGGGGGAGACUCAUAAAAAUUUACCUUGGGUAGAGAAGUAUCGACCUUCUAAGUUAGAAGACCUUGUAUCACAUGAUGAUAUUAUUAAUACAAUUAACCAGUUCAUGAAAGAAAAUCAACUGCCUCAUUUACUAUUUUAUGGUCCACCGGGUACAGGAAAAACAUCAACAAUACUGGCUUGUGCAAGACAGAUGUACACUCCCCAACAAUUCAAUUCUAUGGUAUUAGAACUAAAUGCAUCAGAUGAUCGAGGCAUUGGUAUUGUGCGUGGACAAAUCCUAAGCUUUGCCUCAACAAGAACAAUAUUUAAGGCUGGGCCAAAGCUGAUUAUUCUGGACGAGGCAGAUGCUAUGACAAAUGAUGCACAAAAUGCCCUGAGGCGCAUAAUAGAGAAGUACACGGACAACGUCCGCUUCUGUAUAAUAUGCAACUACUUGGGCAAGAUCAUACCAGCGCUGCAGUCCCGCUGCACGCGCUUCCGCUUCGCGCCGCUCAACAAGGCUCAGAUUGUGCCACGGCUCAAGGAGAUCGCCGCCGCUGAAGGCGUGACAAUAUCAGAAGACGGCGUGCACGCGCUGCUCACGCUCUCUGGCGGCGACAUGCGCAAAGUGCUGAACACGCUGCAAAGCACGUGGCUGGCGUACCGUGACGUCACCGAGGACAACGUCUACACGUGUGUGGGCCAUCCGCUGCGGUCCGAUAUCAACGCGAUCCUCAACUGGCUGCUUAAUGAGAACGACUUCGGGACGUGUUUUAAAAAUAUUCAAGACGUCAAACUUGCUAAAGGGUUAGCUCUGAGUGACAUAUUGACCGAAACUCAUACAAUAAUACAUAGAAUGAAACUACCGCCGCAAGUGCUAAUGUCGUUGCUAAUCAAGAUGGCGGACUCGGAAGCUCGUCUGGCGAACGGGUGCAGCGAGCGCAUCGAGCUGGCCGCGCUCAUUGCUGCCUUCCAGGAGGGGCGCGACCAACUCAAAGUGGACUCGUAGCGUAUCCCGACCACUGUUUGAUACAAGUGUUACCAGUCUUGAGCAGCUUCAAGUUCCACUUCUAGACGCAAUCCGUCGACUACGCGUACCUUACAGCGUAUUUAGUGUUUAAAUCGUCUUUGUAUCGUAACAGUGGCGCGCCAUUUGUGGCAUGUUUUAAUUUUAAAUCACUUCCAUUUUCAAAUAUAAUGUCGUAGAAAGCAUUAUAGUACUAAUUUGAAGCAAUUGGAGAAGUAUUAGGUUUCAAAUUCCAUUUUCUGUCAGAUAAUUAGUCAUGAAAUUCUGAUCGUAUUCAGCAUGCUAAAUUCAAGAUCUAAAUCAUAGCUUAUGUAUGAGAUACACUAUUAACACUGAAUGUUAAUUU